CCACCUCGCUUUCCCUUCACAACUGUCAUCAGUUCACACAACACUUUCCCCUCUUUAAUUUCCAAAUCCUUUAAAGUCUCCACAGUUCAAAAACAAGAACCGAAAACACAUUCUUUUUCCCUUAUCCAAUUAACCAUGUCUCUAAGCAACAACAUAACAGCAUUCUUAAACUUCGUAGCAUUCAUGUGUUCCAUUCCCAUAAUAGCCGCAGGCACCUGGCUAGCCUCAAAGCCCGACAACGAAUGCAUCCACUGGCUACGUUGGCCCGUUGUCUUCAUGGGGCUUGCCGUCAUGUUGGUAUCUUUAGCCGGAUUUAUCGGUGCUUACUGGAAAAAAGAAGGGCUCCUAGGUGUCUAUUUAGUGUGUAUGGCUAUUCUUAUUGUCCUCCUUCUUGUUCUGCUUGUUCUUGCGUUUGUUGUCACGCGCCCUACCGGCGCGUAUUCUGUGCCUGGAAAGGGUUUUAGAGAGUAUAGGCUUGGGGGUUUUUCGUCGUGGUUGAGGAAUCAUAUUACGGAUGAUGAUAGUUGGGGGAAGAUAAGGGCUUGUUUGGCUGAUUCUGAUAUUUGUCCUAAGCUUAAUAGUCAGUUUAUUACUGCUGAUCAGUUCUUUGCUGCUCAUCUCUCUCCUAUCAAGUCAGGAUGUUGUAAACCUCCAACAGUUUGUGGAUUCCAGUAUAUGAACCCAACGGUGUGGGGUAACCCAACAAACGCUAUAGCAGAUCCAGAUUGCUCCAUCUGGAAUAAUGACCCAAACCAACUGUGCUACAACUGUGACGCGUGCAAAGCUGGUUUGUUGGGAAAUCUCAGAAAAGAAUGGAGGAAAGCAAAUCUCAUUCUCAUCUUAACUGUGGUGGUUCUUAUUUGGGUAUAUGUCAUUGCUUGCAGUGCUUACAGAAAUGCCCAAACUGAACAACUUUUCCAACGUUACAAACAGGGUUGGACUUGAUUUUAUUUCCCCUUUUUUCGGCUUUUCAGUUCUCAAAACUAUUUAAAUGGUGGUUUGUAGUUAUGCAGCUUGGUUUUUGCAUUUAGGUGCUAGUUUCUGUAUUUCCAUCUGCACAUAUUCUUUGUACCACUUUAUCUCAAUUAAGUGCUUUUGUGGACCACUGGAACUAAA